GAAGUCAUUCUGGAUUAAAACUAUCCAAGUUUGAUAUCAGUGAGAACCCAAUGGAUGAAGAAGGAUUCAAUGCUCUCGGUUCUUUAUUGAUAGCAAAUAAUGAGGUUAUUGACCUUGUCAUGCAAAAUUGCCAACUCACGAAAGAAAAACUGGACGCUCUUGGAAGUCACUCAGGAUUAAAGAUUUGCACUCUGGAUAUUCGGUCCAUAACCGGCAUGACAUUUGAUCUAUUUCUCGCAAUAUCUAAGUUUGCAACUGAGAGUGAGGUCAAAGAACUUCUGAUGGACCCAUGGAAAUGGUUCAGCCCAACUACAGAUCAAAUAAUGGAAUUGAGUAAAUGGAAAGUCUGUGGAAAGUUGGAUGUACUGAAGGUCAGCAACAACAAGGAUCUUGGCACUGCUGGUUUUGGUAAAGUUGGAACAGUUGUUUCAAAAUGCCAGGUGAAGGAAUUGAAGUCUCAGAAUUGCAAUCUGACAGCAGAAGGAAUUAAGGCAUUCAAGGAAAACACUCGCAAUGCCAAGUUGAAUAUACUAGAUAUCAGUUUGAACAAGAAUCUUGGCACUGCUGGUUUUGGUGAAGUUGGAUUGGUUGUUUCAAAUUGUGAGGUGAAGAAAUUGCAGGCUCAGGAUUGCAAUCUGACAGCAAAAGCAAUAAGAGCAUUCAAAGAAAACUCUCGUAAUGCCAAGUUGGAAAUACUAGAUAUCAGUUACAACAAGAUUCUUGGCACUUCUGGCUUUGGUGAAGUUGGAUUAAUUGUUUCAAAAUGUCAGGUGAAGGAAUUCAGGGCUUGGGAUUGCAAUCUGACAGCAGAAGGAAUGAAAGCCUUCAAGGAAAACACUAAUAAUGCAAAGUUGGAUAUACUAGAUGUCAGUUGGAAUGAUAAUCUCGGCACUUCAGGCUUUGGUGAAGUUGGAUUAGUUGUUUCAAAAUGUCAGGUGAGGGAAUUAGGGGCUCGGGAUUGCAAUCUGACAGCAGAAGAAAUGAAAGCAUUCAAGGAAAACACUCGUAAUGCAAAGAUCGAUAUCUUAAGCCUGAGUUUUAACAAAGUCAACAAACUAGGAGAUGAAGGAUUAUCUACAAUCAGUGAAAUAGUUCGUAAAUGUCAGGUUCAAACAUUGGAGAUGAAAUACUGCAACUUCAACUCUGAUCAGUUGGAAAGAUUCAAAGCACUGAUCGAUGAUACUGGGGUUGAGUUCCGUCACUAGUCACAGACGCCGUAUCCGAGGAUGAUUUUAUUGGAAUAUUUGAUUUAAAAUUAUAUUAGUUCCACAUUUCUUCAGUUUGUCUGUCUGAGAUAAUCACUUUUCGUUUUGUUUCAAAAUUUUCGAGCAAUUUGUUUUUAAGCAAGGAUGGUCCGUGUAUCGCAUCAUGUCUUAUGGAAAUUACUUUUGAUCCUGGAUUUUCAUUUAUUUCAUCAAAUAUUUCAGUCAGAGAUAAGGAAUAAUUAACUAGUUGCGUACAAUAAACAAUGGAAUAACUGUUAUCCACAACCUGGCUAUUUGACCAGACAUUUUUUGCCCACGGAUUGCCGUGUUAGACUAUUAAUGCUUUUAUAUUUUCGUAAGUAUGAAAAUACGAAUUAAAAAUAAAUUAUCGGGCAUUUUACCACUAUUUUUAUGUCAACAGAUGGUCAUGUAAUUUUAGAGUAGUAAGCUGGCUAAUGCUUUUAUUUUUAACCAUGAGUUAUGUUGAAAAGAGCUAAAUUAAUACGGCAAGGCAUUUUAAAUGCUGGUAUCGGUCAUGGAUUUGAAUAUUUUGCCCAACAGAAAAUCAACUUAAUAAAAAGUUGAUACUUUCAAAUAUUUGCCAAAAAGCGGAAAAAGUAUGAAUUAUAUUUUCAAUAAAUCAACUUGUUUUUUCCGACUUGCGACAAUUUUUUGGGUAUCGUAACAAUUGCAGCUUUACAUAAUUUUCAAAUUUUCGACGUAAUGCAAAUGAAUGCGUAACUAAAACACUGUUGCUGAAGAGGCAACUAGCAAAAAUAAUAAAAUACCAUUGGGCGCUAAACAUGGAGUAGCAACCGAAUGCUGGGUGUACGCUUGACAUUAUAUAUUUACCAAUGCCUAUAAAAUACUUUAAUAGAUGGAACCAUUUUUGAACAAAGAUGUAACAUCUCUUCCUCAAGGCUGGUUUCAAGCCGAUUUGGCCGCUUUUAUCAAAUUGGGCCCCGCACCCUGCGCUAGUCUUUUUCUGUAUUAUUUAUCUGUAUUAUGAGGUACAAAAUACUGCUGAAAAUGUAAAAUAUAAAGUGAAAUAAUUUUUCUCAUAAUCUUAAUUUGUUAUGCAUGGUAAAUU